AUGUCCGAUGCCCCGGACAGCAAGCUUAUGGAGGUCAGCCCCGCCGUCGACUUCCUCGCUGGAACGGUGGCCGGAAUGGCGGCGGUUGCUGUGGGAUACCCGUUUGACACCGUCAAAGUGCGCUUCCAGAGUCCGCACAUUGCGUCCAAGUACCGCUCUACCUUUCAUGCUUUCUUUACGAUUGUACGCGAAGAACGAAUACGAGGCCUCUACCGCGGUAUUGCUGCCCCACUCGCCGGCGCCCCGCCUCUGAAUGGGAUAGUCUUUUCGUCGUACCGCUCUCUUUUGCGCGCUCAGUUAGACGAUGAUAACGCGACUCCUACACUCACCCAAAUAAACCUCGCAGGUGCAGGAACCGGCAUCCUCUCAUCGUUGAUCACCACCCCCGCCGAGCUCAUCAAGGUGCACCAACAGAGUCUCGUCCGCACCCCCACCUCCCCGCCACAGAGCGAUCUGGACGUCAUCCGGCACAUAUGGCGCACGCACGGCCUACGCGGCUUCUACCGCGGCAUCACCGCGACCGCGCUCCGUGACAUUGGAUAUGGCGCAUACUUCACGGCCUACGAGGCCACACUCCGCUACUGGCCGCGCCCGCAUGCGCCACACGCGCCCGCGAAGACGCGCGAGGGUGAGGUCGAGGCUGCCGUCGCGUCGCACUCGUGGACCGCGCUCCUCACCGCGAGUGGCAUCGCGGGGGUCGCGGGGUGGAUCGUGACCUUCCCGUUCGACGUGGUCAAGACGCGCGUGCAGAGUACUGUCGCGGCAGAGCCAGGGAAUCCGUACCGGACGACGUGGACGACGAUCGUUGCUUCGUAUCGCGCAGAAGGCGUGGGCGUGUUCUUCCGCGGACUUGCACCGACACUCGUAAGAGCGAUCCCAGUAAAUAUGGUAACGUUUGCGACCUUCGAGGCCGUAAUUCACGGAUUCUCGUAG